AUGCCGACGGUGAUCCUUCUCGAUGUGUCGUUGUCCAUGUGCCGGCCGGUGCCGGACAGCGCCGAACCCUUGCAGGUGCGGCACCUGGCCGUGCAUGGAAUCAACGCGUUCCUGGAUCACAUGGCACAGCACUGCAAGCUCGAGUUCGCAACUCUGGUGGUGUUCUCAUCGCUCUGGGAGGUGGUGGUGCCGUUCACGCGGGACUUCGACAGCAUCCGGGCCGCACUUGCCCGCGUGGAGUGCCACGACAAGACCAACUUGGAGGCGGGGCUCGAGGGAGCCAAGCAGGCGCUUCAGGACGAAUGGGGACACUCCAUGCCUUGCCAGGUGGUCCUAGUGACGGACGGCUCCCUGGGGGUGGGAGCGGCCUGGCGUGCCCCCCCGGGAGAGUCCCCCCUGGGGCGCCUGCACGUGGUAUGCCUGGGCAGCCCCCAGGGCCCUGCCCUGCCCCACUACCAGCGCCUGGUGGACGCGCACGGGGGCGGACGCCUCUGCCUGCCCGAGGGACCCCCCAGCAUACGUUCGGUCACACAGGCGUUCGAGUCCCUGGCCCAGAGCCUGUAUGUGCCGUUCCGUGGGGUGCUGCGCUGCGGACAGCUGUGGUCAUGCGUGACGCUGUGCCCGCCUCCCGAGCCGCACCGACGCCCCGGAGACUUCCACUGGAGCACAGCACAGGCGGGGCCCACCAUCCAGGUGUGCGGCUUCCUGGACCUUGUGGACGUGGCCAACCCUCCGACGCUCUCGCGCCACCUGGUGCUGCCCGUGCCAUCCGCUGCCACAGCUGGCACCGCUCCCGCUGCCUCCCCCGCAGCGGAGGAGGGAGCAAAGGCAGAGGCGGAGGAGGAGGAGGGGGCCAACGACGAGGGCAAGCAGCCAUCCUUCUGCGUCCUGCUCCAUGGCAGCCUCAAGGUGGAAGGCAUGGUGGCUCUCUGCCAACUCGGGCCCGAGUGGUACGGGAUCCUGUACUCGUGGGCCGACAGCAAGAAGAAGUCAAACCUGAUGCUGUCUACCUUCGAGCCUGGCCUGGAGACGGUGCCUUGGCUGGGCAACUUCUCCCGACUGGGCCCCCUUGCGGCCGGAGAGGGCCCGUCCCUGCCGGGCUUCCCUGUCAAGCCCAGCGACAAGCACAGCUACUCCCAGAACUCGGUCGUCUGGAUACGACAGUCAGACCUGCAGGCUGACAUUCAGAAGAUCCUCAGGCAUGCAAGGAAGCUGCCUGAAAAGACUGCAAACUUCUACAAGGAGCUGAACCGUCUGCGGCGAGCGGCCUUGUCGCUAGGCUUCCACGAGCUGCUGGAGGGCAUGGCAACCAUCCUGGAGCGAGAGUGCACCCUGCUGCCCGGUUCGGCCCACCCGGAUGCUGCCCUGCAGCUCACCCACGCCUCCUCCUUCCUGAGGGGCCCUGGCUGCCGGGACUACGCCGCCUCCCUGCUGCCCCUACGCACCAAGUUCUCUGCCGGGGACUGAGCCCCCAAUAAACCCUCCCGCCCCCCUCUCCUCCCUCCCUGCAUCGGGAUCCACCGCUCGCGCUUUGGACUCCUUCUGCAGGAAUCCCAAAGGUGUGCGCAACUACGUUGGACUUUGAGAGCGACACGACACAAAGGUUCAAUGGGAUUUAGUCACGAUCGACGUCGGGAACCACGACCCUGAAGCCUUUUGCGCACGCAGAGCCAAAGUACGGCGGAAGGCAUGGAGCACAUGCUGGAGGCUGGGCAUUCAAAAGACAUGUUUGAAUAAUACACUAUUCGAUAUUUGC